CGUCUCGUCUUUUGUUUCAUUUCCACUUCGGGAAGAGGGGAGAAGACAAGAAGCAAAUUAGAAAGAAAAAGAAAGGGGGGUGUGAUGGCUGAGGCACGUUUUUCAUUUCAGAUCAAUGACCGAAGCAGAAUAAAGCGCUGGGUUUUUUAACAGCACAAAGCCUUGUCCUGAAGGAAAGUCACAAUCAACCAACUUUCUCUGCCCGACAGCUUCGGCUUCUCCCAUGUGCCUCGGGGAUCCUUUCCCGUGCUGGGGGUCCCCCUGUGCACCCCGGCAGCAGCGGCGCUGCCCUCCUCGCUUCCCUCUUUUUAAUUUCCAGACGUUAAAUUCUUCUGCAAACAUUCAUGCCUUAGGAAGGGCUGGAACAAAGCUCAGCUGCUCCAACCGGUCGGACAGAGCCUUCCUGGUGAAGCGCCGGAGCCCGCAGCCGGCGGUGCGCAGUUGGGAUGGGCUGCCCGACGAGGAGAGAGCCGACACCUACAUCCCAGGCGGCAUCGGCUGCGUGCUGCUGGGCUACGAGGACAGCUGCAGCCUGGAGAGCAGCGGGAGCAGCGGCACUCGGGACGCGGAGCCCAGCGAUCCCCCGACGCCACAGCCCGUCCCCGGCGACCUGGGCACGGCCGGGGGGAUGCUGCUGGACCUGGCCGUCAAGCGCCCCAUGGCCAGGUCGAAAAUCAAGUUCACCACCGGCACCUGUAACGAUGCUAUGGUGCAUAGCUGCGAGCUGUGUGGCAAAGGCUUUCGCCUGCAGAGGAUGCUCAACCGUCACAUCAAGUGUCACAGCCAGGUGAAGAGGCACUUGUGCACCUUCUGUGGGAAAGGCUUCAAUGACACCUUCGAUCUGAAAAGACAUGUCCGGACCCACACUGGGAUUCGUCCUUACAAGUGUGAGGUUUGCAACAAAGCCUUCACCCAGCGCUGCUCCCUGGAGUCCCACCUGAAGAAGAUCCACGGUGUGCAGCAGCAAUAUGCCUACAAACAGAGGCGAGAUAAACUUUAUGUGUGUGAAGACUGCGGCUACACGGGCCCCACGCAGGAGGACCUGUACCUGCACAUUAGCAACGUGCAUCCUGGAAGCGCCUUCCUGAAAAAGACCUCAAAAAAACUGGCAGCCGUGUUGCAAAACAAACUGAGCCCCGUCUUGCAGAGGAACUCCAAAGAUGAUGACAAAGAUGAGUAACGCAAUGGAUUACAGUGGUCUACAGGAAUGAAGUUUACAUGUAGGACUAUAUAUAUAUAUUAUUUUUUUAAAACAAUUUGGAAAGGAAUCCCUGAGAUGAAAGGGAUGCUUUUGCUAACGGGGCUGUCUUGAUGUUGGUAGAACCUCAACUUGAAAGAAAUACUCCCCUAUACGAUGUGAACAUCGGACGUUUUUAUCUGGCCAAAGGAAAUGGGAAGCUUGGAAGAGGCUGUCACCUCUUGGAUGGAGUAUUUUCUGAAUUGAACCAGGCAACCUGUCUUCUGUUUUGAUUCUACCACACAUCCAAGAGGCCACUGACAAAUAAUUUGCCUUUACCCAGUGUAUUUUGUAAAAAUAAUAACCAUUACCUCCUGUGCAAAUGACUUCUGAGUUUUGAGUGAAAAGUGCCGUGUAAGUACAGCUACUCACGCAUUGUUCUAUGCAAAGUUAAUUAAAAUGGUCUUAAGGAGUGCA